CUUGCCCGCAUCGCAACAAGCAAACAACAAAAAUACUAAAGUGCGUCGCGCGUGAAUAACACAAGAUGCCGAAAAUUUUCACUCCAACAAAUCAAAUCCGGCUUACGAAUGUGGCCGUCGUGCGAAUCAAGAAGGGUGGCAAGCGGUUCGAAAUAGCUUGCUACAAAAACAAGGUCGUCUCGUGGAGAAACGGAGCGGAAAAGGACCUGGACGAAGUGCUGCAAUCCGGAUCGGUGUUCACCAAUGUGUCCAAGGGCGAAGUGGCUAAGAAGGAAGAUUUGCUGAAGGCAUUCGGCAAGGAUGAUAUCGCCGAGAUUUGUAAGGAGAUUCUGGCCAAGGGCGAGCUGCAGAUUUCCGAGAAGGAACGUCACGAUCAACAGGAUUCGAUGCUCAAGGAAAUUGCGACGAACGUGGCCGAUCGGUGCGUGAAUCCGGAAACCAAGCGGCCCUACCCGGUGUCAAUCAUCGAAAAGUGCAUGAAGGACAUUCACUUUUCUAUCAAACCAAAUCGGAAUGCCAAACAACAAGCCCUGGAAGUAAUCAAGCUGCUGCAGGAGACGAUUCCGCUGGAGAGGGCUAAAAUGCGGCUGAAGGUCACCCUGCCGGGAAAGGAUGCCAAGCGUUUGAAGGAAAAGGUCACCAAGUUGUGCUCUCCCGUUGAAGGCGAGGAAUGGGAAGGGGACAAGUUGGUGCUGACGUGCCUGAUCAAUCCGGGACACUACCGGGAGAUGGAUGAAAUUGUCCGAAGGGACACGAAGGGAGCUGGAGUGCUGGAAGUUUUGAAUCUGAAGGAGAUCAAGGAGGGAGAGGAGGUUCUCGAGUAGAUGAUUAAGUUUUUUUUAUAUGUUCUUUUCGGAGUUAAUAAAAUUUAUUUGAUGUUC